AUGAUUCAUGCAAUGGUGAAUGGAAGUGAUAUUGAUGAGGAUCCAUUGGAUUGCAUCCCUCAAUUGGUGACUGCUGAAGAUAACUCUGGGCUUUUACUUGCUCCUUCCUUGAAAGAGGUGAAAAAGACUAUUUUCUCCCUCUCCUGUGAUAGUGCCCCAGGGCCGGAUGGCUUUUUUGGGUAUUUUUUUACGCCAUGCAGGGACAUUGUGGGAGAAGACAUUUGUGCAGCGGUGAAGGGUUUUUUCUCAGGGGGAAACCUUCCUAGAAGUUACACUUCGGCAAACCUUGUCCUCAUUCCGAAAAAAGAGAAUCCGGAGGUAAUGGCUGAUUUCCAAACCAUUAGCCUUUGCAAUUUUUCUUUUAAGAUUAUUGCAAAAAUUUUCUCUACUAGAUUAGCUACUUUGCUGCCUAACUUGAUCGCAGAGGAACAUGGAGCAUUUGUGCAAGGGGAACGACUUACGCUUUUAAAACAUGUGCUUGCUUCAAUGCCUAUACAUGCUCUUGCCGCACUUGAUCUUCCCAAGGCAGUGAUUGGAAAGUUCUGUGGAAUAUGUGCUGAUUUUCUUUGGGGAAGUUCGGAAUGGGGUAAACGCCAUCAUUGGGUUAGUUGGAACAAAGUGUGUACACUGAUGAUGGAAGGAGGAUUGGGUGUUAGGAGACUGGAAGAUGUUGCUUUGUCCUUGAGGGUAAAGGGCCUUUGGUGCAUCGUUUUUGAAAGCUCCUUGUGGAGUAAUUUCUUCAAAGUCAAAUUUUUUAAAAGUCUUCACAUUGCUAUGGCUAAGCCAAGUAGGAUUGGGUCUAAGUCUUGGAGAAAUGCUCUUGCUCAUAAGGAUUUCUUCCAUGCCUGA